AUUUGAGCGCCACCCGUUGUGGCAGCAACUAAUAUGAUUGUACUAUCAAGAUAUCACCGUACCUGUCAAUCAGCAUUCGGAAUAAACGUUUGGUCUGUUGUCUGCGGCGUAGUUUUUGUUUCAUCAAAAAUAGCCGCUGCAGAACAUUUUAAUUCGAGGAUAUAAUCGAAAAUGGGGAAAAACAAACGCUGUAGAAAAUUCGCUGAGAUGAAGCGAAUGCUCAAUUUGAAAGACAGUCGAAUAUCAAAAGACAAACGACAAAAAACAAACACAGAGGAAAAGAAGAGGAGAGAAUUAUUAAAGAAAGGUGGAAUAAUUGAGAGACAUGUUCCACAACAUUCAUCUGCAAUGUUUUUUAAGUAUAACGAACAUCUGGGGCCUCCUUAUCAUUUGUUGGUGGAUACAAAUUUCAUCAACUUUUCUAUCAAAAAUAAGUUGGAUAUAAUGCGGUCAAUGAUGGACUGUUUGUAUGCAAAAUGCACACCAUAUAUCACAGACUGUGUGACGGCAGAACUUGAAAAACUCGGCCCAAAAUACAGAGUAGCUCUAAGAAUAGCAAAAGACCCAAGAUUUGAACGCUUGCCUUGUCUACAUAAAGGGACUUAUGCUGAUGAUUGUUUGGUGCAAAGAGUCACACAGCAUAAGUGUUAUAUUGUCGCUACUUGCGAUAGAGAUCUUAAAAGACGAAUCAGAAAAAUUCCCGGAGUUCCUAUAAUGUAUAUCAGCCAACAUAAAUAUACUAUAGAGAGAAUGCCUGAUGUGUUUGGAGCACCAAAAACUGAUCAAUAAAACUGAUUUAUAAUAGUUUUUCUUUGUGUUGUUUGGAUAAUGGACUUAUUGAUUGCUAAGGCAACUAGUUCAAGGAAAUCACAGGCUGUAAGGAAUUAUUUUGCUCCCAUGAACCAGCAGACACACUAACAUUGAAUAGAUGAUGCCCUGGCAUUAUACUAAUAAAGAAGACAAUAUUUCCAGAUGAUAGAAUAAUAUCACUUGGAGAUAUCAAACAAGUCGAAUAUAUUUGAAAUUAAUUUCACUUUAUGUUUGAUAUGGAAAUGAAUAUUAGUAUUUGAAAAGCUGCCAUGUGCGGUUGGCAUCUUAGUCAUACAAACAAUAGUCUUUGUGCAACUUCUGAAAUUGUACAUGUCAAUUGAAUAUAUAUUUGAUAUUGAAUUGGUUAUGGCCAUCCUCAAUCUCGCUCAGCUGGGCAUUUUUUUGAGCUAAUAAAAAUUGUUUCAAUCAUGAGAUCCAGA